ACAUUUCUUCUGGAUCCCAAAUUUUAUCCACACAGACUUACAACUGUGAAAUCCCUUUCGUUUCGCUUAUCCGGGCCCACUGUCUGCUUGAUUCUGCCGGAUGAACCGACGACCGACGACGCUGAAUGGAUGACCCGAUGAAUGUUUACUUUUACUUUCCAUACACAUGAGUUUUGAUAUCUGUUAUUUAACAAUAUAGUGUCUCACCAUGUCAGAUGAGAAAGAACAGAAACCCGCUAAACCAACUGCAACCACAAUUAAAAUUGAAGGAUCUUCAAGAUCUUCCAACUCAAUAGUUAGAUUGCCAUCUUUCAGACAGCCUCGUGACUUGACACUUGGCUCUGGGAGUGUUGGUCGAGGUGGAGCUCUUGGCCUUGGAGUCAAUAAAGCUCGCAAAAACUAUGCCCCAAAUCUCAAUGUUCAGCGUAACAAAUCAAAAGAGGAAGUUAAAGUUAAAGAAGAGCCAUCUAAAUCUCGAGGAGAACGGGGAAGAGGAAGAGGUGAGCGUGGUAAAGGCGAAAGAGGACGCGGUCGAGGGGCUGCAAAUGUGAUUCAGCUUUCUAGUGGAGUCUUCUCAGAGGGUAUUGCUGCUGGACGUCGAGCUACCAGAGGCAGACAGGAAGACAGCAAUUCCAGUUAUGUUCCUAAACCAAAGUUAGAUUUGAAGCAAAACUAUUCCACUGAUAGCAAGGAAGAAAAUGAAAGACUGAGGCAACUCCUUCAAGAUGAUUUUGUUGAUGAUCCUGAUGCAGUGACUGAUGGAAUAAAACCUUUGCAACUUCCUAUGAUUCCUAUGAAAAAGAAAGGAACACAAAAAAGUAUUUCAGGAGGAGCACUAGUUAAGAAAGAGAAGAAUGACCCUGGUUUGAAUACUGAACAUUCCGAGAUUGUCUCUGAUGUGAAGAUAAAAAAGGAGCCUGGAGAAGAGGAGGAAUCUGAUUUUAAGCCUUUGUCAGAGGAUGAGGGUCAUAUAGUAUUUGAACGUCGGGUUGGAGAUUUGCUAGGCAGUAAAAAGCCGGAGUACAUUCUAGUUCAGUUACCAGAUUGUCUACCAGGUUUAAGACCAUCAGUAGAGCCUGAUGGAGCUAAAAAUGUUAAUGGUACAUCUGCAGCUGGCGCAGCUGUGGGUGCUAGUCAAACUCCUCAGUGUACAUUAUCAACAAUCCCUGAGGGCUGUAUUGGAAAAAUUCAAAUAAUGAGAUCUGGUCGAGCUCAUUUAAAAUUGGGCUCAGUUUCAAUGCCUAUAACAAUGGGAACUCAAGUCGGUUUUAAACAGGAUUUGAUUUCCAUCAAUCUGGAUGAUUAUGAAAAGACUGGGAAGAUGAUAAAUUUAGGGCAGGUUAGGGCACGGGUUGUUGUCACCCCCGACUGGGAAACACUUUUAAGCAAGGCGUGACAGGGAAAGGAACAAGGGUAUAUUAUUUGGAAAGAAUACACUGGUUUCAAAUCAACUCUUUUUCAAUCAGAUUGUUUUUUCUCCAUUCUUUGUAUUUUCUUUUGUGAGACAGUUACGCAUUUUUGUCACUCUACCUUACAAAUUUAUCAACCAAAUUUUUUUUGUUGAUGGCUUGUUCUUGUGAUGUAAGUCGAUACAUAUGUGAAAGUGUUCCACUCUCUUUAGGUUUUGUCAAUUCAUAUAUUAUAGUUUCUAGUUAUUUUCAUAACUGAUUUCCAUUUGUUAUUGCAAUAAAAACAUUGCUAAUAACUGUUAAGUCAAAAUGUAA